AUGUCUGAACCAGCAACUUCAAAAUCCCCAGACCGCUGCUAUGGCAUCCUAGCACUCCGCUACGAUCCUUCCCUCCCGCUGACACCCAAACCCAAGCUUUCCUCAAAAAACACAAAGCUACUGCUUAUCCACCAAAAUCGCAAACACGCACCUACUUACUGGACCAUUCCUAAAGGUCACCCGAAACCCGAAGUGGAUCUCGAUACGUUGGACACCGCUAUCCGUGAGCUGUGGGAGGAGACAAAGAUUACAAUUUCUGUCAGUGAUAUAGUUACGUUUCCGAUCGGACACCCGAGUCCGGGCGAGAUGAAUAGUCAUAGUACGGUUGAGGUGUAUAGGACGCCGGGUAGGUAUGUUGGGGAAGAAGGGAAGGAGGUUAGGUAUUGGGUUGCGGUCGUUGGGCCGGAGGUGGAGAAGGAUAUGGAAGCGCAGAAGGGGGAGGUGGAGAAGUGGAAGUGGUGUGGAUGGGAUGAGGGGAUGGGGUUGAUUACCUAUGAUGAGGGGAGGGAGGUUUUGGGACGGGUUAGGAGGGCGAUUGAUGGGGAUGGGUUGUUGAAGUGA